AUGCAUCUCAACAUCCCCAGCGAGCGGGAGCGCGGUACGACAGAAUGGGUCAAAUUGCUCGGGGUUCCUCUCCCUAAGCCGUCUUCGGAGCUACGCUGGAUGUGGGUUAAGCGAGUCGGGUGGAUGUUUAUCUUGGCAAUUGCGCCGGAACUCGGGGUCAUGAUUUCUGUGAGCCAGAGGCAUGAGGCGGAAGAGUUGUACGAAAGGCAUAAACACAUGGGUUGGUCAGUAGUUCAUGCCUACUAUGCCACCAUGGGAGGUUUUUCGAUAGCGAUCCCGGAGGAGGAGAGUGAGAAUAAAUUAGGGGACACAUCUGCUUCCACUAAUCCAGCAGCAGCGGAAAGUGAAAAUAUAAUAGCUUCUCAGCAGCUGGACGCCGGAACUCAUGUUAAGGAUGUUGCGGUCAAGGGGGAGCCUUCAGUCGAGGAGCGGUUGAUAGGACUUGACAACGUUGAACAGAAGACACGGCUUCGAAUCAAGCGGCUGGAGGGAAACGAUCUCGUGCAACUCGAAGAACUUGGUAUAUUCCCUGCCACCAAAGCAUCCGACAUCAAGAACAGGGCUCUUCCCAUUACCACCAUUGAUGAUAUCCAGGACCGGUCGAAAUCAGACUCGUUUACCAAAUUUUUCGCGCUCCUCCAAUGUGCCUGGCUUGUGAUCCAAAGCAUUGCCCGUGCUUGCGCAGGACUCCCAAUUACUGAGCUUGAACUGACCACUCUUGCCUUUAUAUUUUGUGCUCUCAUCAUGUACUGGUUCUGGUGGGAUAAACCAUUUGACGUACAGACCCCAACAAUCCUCUUCUGCCCGCCAGAAAAGGCCAAACAGAUGCGAGAAGUCAUUAAGAAGAGAUAUAGAUUUUUAUUGGAAGAGAAUGAAGACCCAAGCUUCCAUCAGCUCAGUUUUAUGGCAGCCGACGGGUUCUUGGAGAUGUUUAGCAGCUCCGCCGAACACCCUCCCCUGACCCAAAAGCUGUCCCCUCUGUCAGUCGCGGUGUCAUUCUAUUUAACGGCUUUCAUCUUUGCCGGAUUACAUUUGAUUGCCUGGAAUUGGGAAUUCCCUACCCCAAUGGCAAGGACAAUGUGGAGAGUAUUUGGACUAAUGAUGCUGACGUCUUCUGUACUCCCAAUGUUCGGAUUUUGGGUGAGGUCAAAAUUGAAAGAUGCGCACGGUACAGAUGACGUGGGGUGCUGUGCCCUAUAUUGUGCGAUAUGUUGUUGUACAGAGAAGCCGCCUAACUGUUGCUUCUGGGUCUUUGGAAUUAUCCUGUUUUUGAGCUAUUUCGUUGCCCGGGUUGGGAUUCUGUUCCUGGUGUUUUAUUGCUUUCGGGCGAUGCCAGCUGACGUCUACUCAGGUCUGAGUUGGACGACCAUCUUUCCUCACUUCAGCUAG